AUGUUACUCAAUGCACACUGUGGGCAGAAUGUGGGGGGAAAUUCUGAUGCCAUAGGAUUAUCUUCCAACCUGCUUAAAGUCUGUAGAGAGUCUCAGUCAUCCAGGUCAUGGCUGUCCCAAAGAUGCUUUUUCAGGAGGCAGUUGGACUUGGUUUUUUCUUAUUUUUUCUUUUGAAGACAUUUCGCUUCUCAUCCAAGAAGCUUCUUCAGCUCUGACAGCUUCUAACCUGCUUGUGGAUCUGGAAGCUGCUUGUUUGCUUCUAUGAAAAGUAUAGAUGGACUGUUUUUGAUCUAUUUGAUCACCAGUCCUGUUAGUUUAAAAAUAUCAAUAUUAUUGGAAAUGGCUUUCAGUGAUAGCGGAAAAGUAUAUUUUGCUUGCCCAUGGCAUCUUGUAAGUGUUUGCUUAUAAUAAUGAACUUAUUAUAAAACUAGUUGCAGUAAUGGAUAGAAGCUCUGCACUGAUAUUAUUCAUAGUCUUCUGAACAAAGGCCAGCAUGAUUAUGGCCAGAUUGCUAGGGCAACAGAAAGAUGUUUCAUAUAUAAAACAACUACCGGUAUUAUGUACUAGCUUUUGAAUCGGAUAAAAAUUAUGACACAGAACUAGAAUUUUAAACUCUUAAAACUUUUUUCUUCUUCUUUUUUUCUUUUUUUGCUAUGCCCGGGAUUCCAAUAGCGCCUCGCCCUCGCCCUCCCCGCCGCCGAGCUAAGGAAAGGAGGAACGAGGGCGGAGUAGCCUGGCCUAUUAUCCUAUAGAGAAACGGGAGCUGCGGUACAAUUAAAGCAACCCUUCUACUGUUGCAGGCGCCAACGGUGCUGCUUUCGGAGAGUGCCAUCCUUACCGUUGCAACCAUCUCUCUCUCUCUCUCCCGUACCUCGGCGUUGUAAUGUAAGGCGGGGCCGCGAUUUGCUCGGCGCGUCUAGAAAUGAACUUAGAAGAGCUAUCGGUGUACUUGGAAAGUAGAGAAGGCCUGUUGGCCUCGGGGAUAGGCUGGUCUCUGGUAUUGUGCUUUGGAGCCGCGUAUGUCUGCUAUUAUCUCAGGACGAUCGCAAAGAAACCUCAGCUGAUAACUGGCAAUGAGAACUUGUGCCAAUUUCUGCAGGACCAAUGUCCGGUGUUGACAGAAAUAUACUAUCCCACUGUAUGGUGCUGGGAAGGCCAUUUGCAAACACUUCUACGCCCUUUCAUUACAUCUAAACCAAAUGUGCAGUAUAGGAAUGAACUUAUUACAGCUACAGAUGGAGGACAGAUUUCCCUGGACUGGUUUGAUAAUGACAAUAGCAUACAGUACCUUGAUUCCAGCACCAGACCUACUAUCCUGUUGCUGCCUGGCCUCACAGGAACAAGCAAGGAAUCAUAUAUUCUUCAUAUGAUUCAACAGAGCAAAACACUGGGAUACAGGUGUGUGGUUUUUAACUAUCGAGGAAUUGCUGGUGAAAAUCUCUUGACACCAAGAACAUACUGUGCUGCUAAUACAGAGGAUCUGGAAACAAUUAUUGAUUAUAUACAUAAGUUAUAUGCGUCAGCUGCAUUGAUGGCAGCAGGUGUUUCUAUGGGAGGCAUGCUUCUUUUAAACUAUUUGGGCAAAACUGGGAAAAAAACACCAUUAAAAGCAGCUGCAGUUUUUUCAGCAGGAUGGAAUGCUUUUGAAUCUGCAGAUUCACUGGAAAAACCAGUAAAUUGGCUUCUUUUUAAUUAUUAUUUAACCAGCUGUCUAAAGUCUUCAGUUACUAGACAUCGGCAAGUAUUUGAUAAGCUAUUUAACAUGAAUCUUGUAAUGAAGGCUAAGACUAUUAGGGAAUUUGACAAACAGUUUACCACAGUCAUGUUUGGCUAUCCUUCAAUUGAAGCUUACUAUGAAGAUGCCAGUCCAUGUCAUAAACUGAAGAAAAUUGGAAUUCCAGUGUUGUGCUUAAAUUCUCUGGAUGACGCAUUCUCACCAAAUCAUGCUAUACCAGUGGAAAUUGCAAAACAAAAUACUAAUAUAGCUUUGAUCCUUACUUCCUAUGGAGGCCAUAUUGGUUUUCUGGAAGGACUGUGGCCAAGAAAGUGCACGUAUAUGGACAGAAUCUUCAAACAAUUUGUUCAAGCUGUGUUUGAGCAUGGAAGAAAAAUUAUUAGUCUCUAGCAAUUUAUCCAAAUGAUGGUUGCAGUGCAGUGUCAGAGUAAUUAACCUUAAUGCACAUACUUAAUACUUAAUCAACCAGAAAAUCCAUGAUUCAGAGCAACAUAUAAUUUUGCUUAAAUAUUUUUGCAGUAUUGUUUUUGUCUCAUAUGCCUUUUAAAAUAUAAUUAAAAGCACUUAUAAAAUUGCACUUAUCUAAAAUAGAUAUUACUCAGGUGUUUUAAUUUCAAUAAUUCAAAUGUAGGAAUCAGACAUUUGAUUACUUGUUCUAAUGCACUUUAUGUUCACAAAUAUUUGAGAGCACAGGAACAGCUUCUAUGUGGGCUCAGGCAAUGGCUAGGAAAUGCUAAAUACAUGUUUUAAAAAGUAAUAAAAAUAAGAGUUCAAGAAGCCAUAGAUUGUAGCAGUUAUUGAUUUUUGCAUCUGUUGCACAAUUAUAUUGUCAACUCUAUGUUUAAAUCUUUAAGUUGUUGUUCUAGGUGUCUUAUUUUUAAAAUUGUUAUUAAAUUAUAACAUUUAUAUUUAUACCAGGUAUUUUAUCUUAAAAUGCAGAACAGAAAUAAACUGCU